AUGGAGCAAGCGGACGACGAAAUCGAGGCGGUGUGCAGUUUCUACGACGGAGUCCACGUGGAAAAGUCAGAAAAAGAGCGGAAAGUGCUGCACAAAAUCCGGUCGUUGGAGGACGCGGAGACGUCGGCCUCUGUCCUUCUGGAUCUCCGAAUACCGGAAGGCUAUCCGGCCGUUCCGCCGCGUGUCAUUCUUUCGAAUCCACGUGGAAUCGGCGAGACCGAAUUCAAAGAAUUGUGUCGGCUUGUCGACGAUUUGAUUGCGGAAAACGAGGAGAUGCCGAUGAUUUCAGCCAUCUUCCAGUUUUGCAGUCAAUUCCUCGACGAAAAUCAGUACAAAAACAUGGUGUGCUCGAUUUGCCUCACCGAUCUUUCCGAUUCUCCGAUCUCGGUGACGCCGUGCGAGCAUUCGAUGCACUCUUUCUGCUAUUGUCGAUAUCUCAAAGAGUGUCUGCACACGAUUCGAGUCGAACUCGACGACGCGCAGCCGCAUCUGAAGGCCCAGGUCGACACGGUACUCGUCGAAAAAAUCCGGGGCGCCCAACAUUUGUCGAGCUUUUUAGAGUGUUGCUUGUCCGGUUUGUCGUGAAAUUCUCAGCGAAAAGAAGGAUUUCGAAGCGGAAAUAUGGAAAAUGAUUGGAGAAGCGAAGGAAAAACAGAGGAUUCUGCCGAAGAAGAAACGACGAGCCAGCUCAACGAAAAAAGACGCCGAUUUGGCAAUUAAACGGUUCGAAUGAAGGGUGUUCAGUAUUUUGCGAAAAUUUUUGUUUCUUCCAGAUGGCGUGAAAAGCAGCACUACCUCUCGCCGAUAUUUGCAAAGCAAAAAGAGAAAGGCGGUAUAAUCGAUGUCGAGGAAGAACGGAAACGCUCUCAAUUUUUCAUCGAAACUAACGUGAAUUCGGAAUCGUCGCCUUCCGAAUCCACAGAAGAAAUUUUAGUAGCGAUUGACACAGUUAACAUGGGAUAA